AUAGAAAAAAGUGCAAACAGAGCUUACCAAAAACCAAAUACAUCAAUACUGGAUAUAAAAGAUAUAAUAAUGCUGAAUAAAGUUUUUAACCCCAAUCCCAUUGAUACAGUUGAUCCGAAGUUUUACAAACUGAAUGAAAAAGAAUUGAAUUUGAUUAAAACACUCAUGAAAUUUCUACCUAAAAAAAAUGAGCCACCUAAUCGUUGUUUGAUAAGACAUUAUAAAACAGUACAGGCAUUGUUAUAUCUUAACAAAAAUAUUGCGAACUACAUCGAGAAUAACUUUACGAAUGUGAAGACGAUGAGCCUAGAUCGAGUGAAAAAUUUACAAUCACCGUAUUUAUUAAGACAUGAAAGCUAUAACUUUUACGUAUUGAGAAUGAAAAAUAUGAACAUAAUACCGUUCCAUAUAGACUUUUUCAAAAAGAAAUUUGAUUUGUUUAAAGACGAAGAACAAACUCUAAUUUUUGAUGAGCUGGAAGUUGAUUUCUAAAAUAAUCCAGGAUCAUCUACAGCAAAGAAUAUCCAAUUAAUACACUUAUAGACUCAUUAGAGGACUAAGAUUUAUGCACUUACUCUACACUGCAAUUUUACAUUUACAGAAGUUAUAUUAUUAUAUAAAUCGUUUUUAAAUAUACUAAGAGGGCUGUAUAAUUAGUUUUACGUUUUUUUUUACUUUAUAUUAUAAAAAUUUUAAAUAAAAUUUAUUGGCCACCAAAAAUAUAUUAUCUUA